CGCUUUUGUUUCGUACGCCAGGUACUUUGUGAUUGCUCACCCGCUGUCCUCCAAGUCUAUGUGCACGUCACGGAAUGCCAGAAUUGCCCUUGUGUGUACAUGGGUGGCCUCCACUCUGCUCGCCUGCCCGGCCUUUGUUGUCAUGGGCACGGAGUCAAAUAUGUACUACAACAACUCUACCUCUGUCGUCGUGGUACUGUGCGCGGACAUCGGAGUGACCAAUCAGGACCGCCUUGUGUACGCCCUCUGGAAGCUGGUCAGCCUCUUCGUGGUGCCCACCGCCAUCUUGCUCUACUGCUACGCGAGGGUCAUCGCUAUCCUGUGGCUCAGUACACAGCAGCUUCAGACCAUGACCUCGCCCAGCAGGUGAGUACUGUAAAGCCAUGUCGUGUUGGAGAG